AUGACGUUAAAGGCUGAAUCUUUCGUCCAUCUUGCUGGUUCCGAGAUAGCGUAUAAGGUUUUCACGAGAGAGAAAGUAUCUCUCGCGCUGGGCCUGGAGGCUGGCGGUUGGGGCGCGCUGGUGGAGCGGUCGGGCGGCAGCGGCGGAUGCGGUUCUCUGUUGGGUCACGGCGGUUUCGCCGGUCUGGCGGGGUUGGCGCGUCGCUGCGGCGUCUGUUUGGCGACGUUCCCGUCCGCCUGGCUACUGGAACGGCACGCGUUACUGCAGCACGCAGGCCAGGCGAGCGACGACAAGCCGUUCACCUGCGAGCAAUGCGGCCAGCGAUACCGCUACCGUUCCGCGUACGUGAAACACCGGGAGCAGAACCAUCGCGCCCGUUUGCCGGCCGACAAGCUGUUCACCUGCGACGUCUGCGGCAUGCAGUUCAGGUAUCUAAAGUCCUUCAAGAAACACCGGCUGAACCAUGCGCUGGAGCGGCUGCAGCGGGCCCCGGAGCCCCAGAGUAGCGCCAUGUCGGUGUCCGCUGCGGCAGAGCGCAGCGAUCAAGUCUCCAGCACUGGAGAACCGUCCCAGAUCGAAACAGGCAGCGACACCACCACUAAUCCCGGGGAAGAGGAGACCAGAGGGACCUUCGCAGAGAACACCCGCGAAGAGAGCGUCUCGGAGACGACCAGCUUGCAAGAGAACCCCGGGGAAGCUGUCGAAGUCCAGAUGACCGAGGCGCCGGUAGCUAACGAGAGAAGUUCGGCCGGUGGUGGCAGCGCUAGCGAGGUAGGCGACGCGGAUGACAACGCGGUCGACGACGACCGAUCCGAGCCGGCCGAGGCGGUGAUCAGCCUGGCGCGCAGCAGCCACGAGGUGGACAGGCGCGAACGGCGGUUCGCCUGCCCGUUCUGCGGCAAGUGUGUCCGGUCCAAGGAGAACCUGAAGCUCCACGUGCGCAAGCACACCGGUGAACGGCCGUUCGUCUGUCUGUUCUGUGGCCGCGCGUUCGGCGGCAAGAGCGAUCUCACCAGGCACCUGCGUAUCCACACCGGCGAGAGGCCGUACCACUGCGAGAUGUGCGGCAAGUGCUUCGCCAGGGCCGACUACCUGUCCAAACACCUGACCACGCACAUACACCAGCGCUGAAAGCGGUUCGGGGCACGGUACCGGGACACCCUUGGCGGCUCUUGAUCGGCGUCCCUCUGAUCAGCGAUGUCCGGGAGCCAGAUGGCUCCUCCUCUAACGCUAAACUCGAUCCGUGUCACGCAUUCACCCCAUUUGGGAGCUAUCGCUGCGAGCUGCUUCCGUGGACCCCUCGGUGCAAGCUGAGACGAUCACGCUAGUAUUAGAUUUUGUACUCUCGCGUGGUUGGAAUGAAUCUCGAACGUGGGCGGAAGUCGCAGCCAGCUGCGACGCCCUCGUUCUACGAGGGACUGCAUCGAAGGGUCCAUCAGCUUCUUCGAGACGUUCGAGGACAGAACGGUUUCGACGUGGAACGAGUCCAUUCGCGCGCUUACUGAUUACGAAUUUUUAACAAUGCAACUAAAACGUAGUGGUUAAUGGAAGUAUGGAAGCAUCGCUGAUGAACGCCAGAGCGACGCUGCAUCGAGAACGUCCAAGAGGUUGAGGGGUGGUUUUCGACGGUAGAUUGAUAGAGGAGAUUUGUUGUUUCCUAAGGAUCCGAGGGCUCGAUGGUGGGAUAUAUUUUCGAGCCCGAUUCGAUCAAAGGGAGUCCGCGAGAAUUUUCAGCCCGCCGGAAGCUACCCUUCCGAGGUCGUUCAACUUGGAACAAUUCCACGCGUUCUUUCCCCUCCGACCGGUUUUAGGACGGUUUAAACGGCGGGAAGGGGGAGAAGAACGCCGCGAACUGGGACGGGACGAGACGAGAACCGCGUUAUCCAUCCAGCCGUUGGCCCAGCGAGACGAGUCAAUUACGGGGGAAAGAAGGGAACGAAGUAAUUCGUCGUCGACGGCGGCGACGAGGGAAACACGUGGCUGGCUUUCGCCCGGCAUCGGAACGCGAGGUGUCUCGCGUUACCACGAACACGCACGCUCGCGAAGAGGAGAGGAACGAAGAGAGGAAGAUAGAGAAAGUGGACGAGGACGACGAGGAAACGGAAGACGAAUGGAAGAGUAAGGUUUCUACAUAACGUUAGUGUAACUAACUUGUGAUAAGGAUUCGAAACCAAAGAACGCAUCGACGCGGCGGACAAACGUCGACUGUAAACGGUUCCUUCUAUGUUCCUUUUGUUUUUUGUUCUGUUUUUGUCCUAUUUGUUUUCGUUUUUGUUGUUGUUGUUGUUGUUAAUGAUGUUGUUAUACCCUUCGUCUCCGGGCGGGAUCGAAGACCGAUAUGUUCGAGCGCGCUCGACGCGAGUUUUGCAUACUGUGUGCAAUACCAAUCGUUUUUCUGUGCGACAUGCUGUCUCGUGCACGUCGACGUUCCUCGAGGAAGUCCCGUGUUGCUACAGGGGAUUCUCUUUUUUUCCCCUUUCUCGUCGGUUUGACUUCGUACAUUGUGUCAUGCGGUAAUAAGUUACGGUUAUUGAUCUGUGGGAAAACGUUACGCGCGGGUACUUCUGGUGAGCGCUUGGCGGAUUAAAAAUUAUACUUCGUUAGAGGUUUACUUUAUGUUUCAGCGAAGAUUUGAUUUCUCCAUGUUUCAAUUAUUCACGGAAUAGUAAAUUAUUUUCGAAUUGGUUAUUUCUUGCUGCGAGAUCGUUUAAUCUUUGAUGAGGUUUAUUCUAAUAUUCAUGCGAUGUCGGGUAAUUUCCGAAAUUCGAGGCGACAAGCUUUACGUGUCCAUUAUAGAAUAUCGAAGAUGUAUUAUUUAGUUCAUCGAGGGUAUGUUAAUAUUUGAUUUCCUUUAAUAUUUCCUUGAUGAACCGGCUACAAGAAUCCAUCGAGGAGGUAUCCCCAAAGCGAAAGAGAGGAAAAUAACGCGCACGACCGACUUCCUCGCGGAAUGUGAACACGACGUUGCUAUCGAACGAAGGACCAGUCGUCCAUGGCGGCGCCGUCCAUCCGGGAAGCGUCGCCGGUGCCUUCGAAAACACCCGUAUCCUUUUUAACGCGGCGACAGAGCAAUAAAACGUCUAUUUUCGUUCCUACAGUAUGCGACGAGUGGAAAACGAAAGAAAGAAAUUCGUGAUUUAAGUUGGUCGUCGUGAGCCGCGAAGCAGCGUCUUGUUGCACGGUCUACAACAGUCCUUCGAGCCUCUUUCUUAGUUAUUGUCCACGUUCUGCUGUCCACACGAAUGUAUGUAUAACAUAUGCAUAUGUAUAUCUUCAGUGUGUCCACAGGGUGCAUCGUGACCUAUAGAUUCUGUGUUGGAUUCCACACAAGUAAAGAACAAAUGAAAGUUCAUAGUAACGUCCAUUCUGCUCUGACAUUGUUCACUCUCUGCAGUUGUCUCUGUCUUCCAGGAGUCAUCUACACUUCAAAACGACAAAAAUCUCUGUUCCCUAGUUACUCAGCUGUAAACGUAACAACGACGAAUGAACUUUCCAAUGAACAAUUCCAAAUAUAGUUCAUUCCGCACUGCUCCAUAAUAAAAGAAUUCAACUUUCAAAGAACCCGAGCCGAAACGAUUCCAUCUCAGACAAGCUCGAUCUGAUCAGAACAUUACCGAGCAAUUUCCACGAACCUAAAUAAGCAAAUAGCACCGCGAAAGGGUCAACUGCAGCUCGGGAACAAAGUCGAACAGGACGAACUACUAACUUCCCUUUGAACUUUCAUUUUUCAUCGUUUACGUGGCCCGAAUCCAUCACCGAAGUCACGCCCACGCAUUACGGCGCUGCCUGUGCACACACGCACACGCGAUAAUGAUACAUUGUCCAGUGAAUGCGCGAGCGCAGAACGAGAGUGCCGGCUCAUUCUCAUGGGACUGGUUUCGUAAGCGAUCGCGUGUCUCUCUCGUCCCGAGCGAGGCAACCGGGUACCCGUCGAAAUCCGCAGGAUCGCGGACGUUUACGCUCCGCGGCCGUUUCCUCGUCCCGUAGCCACGGAGAUCGCGAUCCUUCCUGGGUCGAUGACUUCCGGUCAACCCCGGGGUCGGAGUUUACGAGCGAACGAGCACUCCCGUUUCGAAUAAUUUAUUAACACGUCCGCUGCCGAGCAGUCCAACGAUUCCUUUCCGCGCGACAAGAUGUCGCAGCGUAAUGACAGAAUUUCGAUUCAUCGAACGACCGCAAAUAACCGCCGUUAACUUCGCAAUACCGCGCGCUAAACAUUUAAAAAAAGAAAAAUACCGACAGAAAGAAACGUUAAUGUUGUCGAGUGAAAUUCCGAGUGACGCCAGAACACGUCAUCGGCAGUGAACGUGUAAACUCGUCCCACCGGUGGACGUCGACUCGAUCAAACGGUGAAUCUACUGGGCCGAUCGCCCGGACCGACGGCGUAUCGACCGGCGCGUUAUUCCGUCUUCUAAAAUAGAGAUUAAUUAAGGAUAAGUACGAUAAUGAGAACUACAGCGAUAAUUGUUGCAAACGUGUGCCGUCCCAGUGCCAAGUCUCGUUUACUUUCGUGAAAGUUAAUCGCAUAUAUAGCUUGCGUCGGUCCUCCGUCGUCCGGUUGAUCGGUUGAUCCCCGUCCGGCCAAAUAUUUGUCAGUCCCGUGCUGUUGAUUGAAAAAAAUGUGAUCCAUGGAACCGGGAGAACUCGUUCGGGCGGAAAUGAAAUCGAACGAAGAAUGACGAGCGUUGACUCGAUAUUACGAAGUGAUUUUUGGAAGCGGGACGCGAUGGGUUUUCGAUCGAGAUAUUUUAUUCCCGCGCGCUGUUUCCCCGUUUCGGUUGCUCAAAUUUUGGUACCAGCGGCGCGGCGACGUCGCGUUCGGUUCAGCCCGUUUGCCCUCGAUUCGCUGGCCGCGUUAUUUGAACCCCGACGCUGGAUAACAUCCGACCCGGCGAUUCAACAUUGACGUUAAUUGCUCGGAUUGGCGGUUCGCGUUAUUUAAAGUGGAAAAUAUCCACGCCGCCGAUGAUUUUAUCCGUUUCCAUCGGUAUUUUUAGCGGGCCGGAUGUGUAUCGGUCGGUCGCGACGAAAUAAUUCUGUCGGUCUUGAUUAACCCGCCGAACACGGUUAAUCCCAGUGUUCCUGGUUUAGAUCUAGCGCGAUGACCCGUUUUAUAAAUAUAUUAUGCUUAGAUUGCCACGUAUUCGUUCGCAGUUAUUUCAAUUUCAAUUUGCCACGGGUACAUUGAACCAUCCGCGCCGUUCGGAACGAUUGGAACGUCGGUUUCAAUUAAUCGCGAGUCGGCGUAAAGAAAACGAGUAACAGGAACUUCCCGCUAACCGAGAAAUCACGUUGACUGCCAAAGCGGCUCCGCAAAUCGAGGCGAAACGAAACUAGUUAAUUUAUUAGUAGAGACACCGAAGAGUUCAAAUCUUUCGAUAGGAAAAUUACUUUUUAGAACCAUCUCGAAUCUCAUGAAUUUUGACGAUAUUCUCAAUUCCCUGGUAAAUCGAGUGACCCGAUCGUUGAAAAAGGAUCUUAUCAACAAUAGCAGUGAACUUAUCAACUCAAAAACAGACGAAUCGCGGGUAACGAUACCGGUAUCCAGCGAAGUUGGCAUCUCGAGCACAAAAGGCUGAACGUUCCCGAUCGUCUGCGGCUUCGUGCCAAGUUCCGUCCGCGGAACACUUCGCCCGCAUGAAUCCCGCGCGGGGAAACGGGGCCGUCGGAAACUCCGCGGAAUUUCUGCCGCCCCCGUAACAGUGUACAGAUUCCGUCGGGCGAGCGUAGGGCGAGUUUGAUACCAAAGAAAGUCCCGGGAGACCGACCGGCGGACGAAGAACAGCGGUUAGAGCAGUGAUGCACAACCAGCGGCUCGUUUUCAAAUGCUUGCCUGUGGAUUUCUGUUUUUGUACUUAACAAAUUGCCUGCUAUCGGUUAUUGAGCAGUUUGUUAAAUAUUAACACUUUUCGAUCGAAUGCUACCGUAAUUCGAGCUUUGAUAUCCAAAAUUGGAAACUGGACAUUAAUAAUUGACUUCUGCAAAUAUCGAGAGAUUGAUAUUCGGCUUUUAGUAUUAAAGACUGAAUUUAAAAUAUUGAUUUUCUAAUAUUUAAUGCAUUUAAGCGUAAUUCAGUUUUUUGACGGUUAGACACUUUUCGCUUAAAAAAGUUGAAUGAUCGCCUAAGGAUUCUUUAAUGGAACUUUCAACAGCAGCAGUAAUUACAAUUUUGAAUCAGCAGAUGGUAUUGAGUAUUUUAAUCUAAUCAUUAUCUGAAAAUUGUCGUUUAAAGGAAACUUUCGAGUCAACUUUUGAGAACAGUGCUUUAAUAUUCGGUAGGUAAAGUGUUAUCAGCAGGCUGCACAAUAAGAGACAUUCAUUUUCACGAAUCCAAUUUAAAAAGCUAAUAUCGCAGGCAGCCCUCCACUCACAAGAUGUUGUGCAUCACCGCGCGAUCUCGCACCUUACGAAAUCAGCUCCCCCGACCCAGUGCAGAGCGUUUAGUCCUUAGCUAGUAAUCACGACGUACUUGCUGCUGCGCGCACGCGCAUGAAACGAAGAAAAGUCGAAUAACGAAGGUGCUACUUAAGAGAAUAUAAGGGUAGAUCGCAGCUCGGCCGGAAGCGGACGAAGGAUGAUCGAUGGGGAUGGAUUGUUCACGGUGCCAAAGAAAAGACUAAAAAUGAACGUCCGCGAAACUCAUCGACGUUAAAGAAAGAAAGAAAGAAAGAAAGGAAUAAAGAAAGGAAGAAAGAAGUACAUACAGAAAGAAAGAGAAACAACAGAGAAUCGAAGAGAACAAUUCCUGAAGUUCCGAAGUUUCUCUGGCAGGAAGGAGGAGCCGGCGCGGCGCUGCGAUAGGCCUGUUUAGUCGAUAAAUCGCGUAUUUAAUAUAGUUCUGUCGAUUAAGGCUGUAAGUUUCGAUCGUCGACGCGCGUCCCUGAACGAACGAUCGGCAAACGACGUACAGGCGAGAGGAACCGCGACGAUCUCCUGUCAGGAGACGCCGCGAGAAACACGAACGAUGGAGAGGAGAACGCUUAGCGGGAGGAAAGAAAUCUAUAACUAAUAUACCGAGAACGUGUCCAACGAAUGUCAACGAGUUUCAAAGAAAACGAACAACCGGGAUGACGCACGCCGUUAGUACGUACGCGCGUGCACGGGGGUGGGACGGGGAUAAAAAGAGUGGGAAGGAGAGAAAAAAGAGGAAACGAGCGAGAAGGGGGGGACGAGGACGAAAGGGAACGAGACUUUUUAAUUUACGCCGGCUCGUUCAACGCGCGCUUGAAACGUCGCGUCGGCCGACAGGUAGUACCCCGUUCCCCGUUGUCCGUCUCCGCGCGAUCUCGCGCGUGAUUAACGAUCCAAGGAUUAAGGAAAAUAGUUCCAUGACGCCUGAUGCCUCUGUUAGCUUUUAUAUUGCCCGGCGAAGCUGCGUGUCCGCCCACCAACGUUCCAUUUCCACCGCACGCCAAAUUUACCGCGUUAUGGACGGCCGAGGGAAGCUGCAAAUCGUUCUGUCACUGAAAGACCGGCUGCGCUUGACGUUUCCUGCUCCGACGUGUACCGCCGGCUCCGCUGCCCGAGGACCGAAUCCGAUCCUGGAGCAGUCCCGAUACUUACGAACCGUGCCCGGGGCGGACGAACAGAUUUUUCGUGGGUUCCCGCAGUUUUUCGCGGAUAGAUCGUUACAUUGUACGCAGAGUGUGUCGAGACGGGCGAGGGUUCGCUGGCAGUUAGAUAGAAGAAAGGAAUUUCCUUUUUAGAUAGAACAGAGGAAGUUUGGCAUACCCUGUGUAUGGGAUGGGGAUUUAGAUUUUGUAGAUCGGGCAUUUCAUCUAUGAUGGGGUAGU